AUGGGUUGGUGUAUCAAAAAAGAAGCUGAAUUGCAGCAAGAAGCAGGCAACAAAAAGCAAGAUGAAUGUGUAGAUGAAAAGGUUGUUAAUGGUGACGAAUGCAAUUGUGAGUUAAAUGAAACUGCCGUUAGAGAUGAACAGGAAUAUCCAAAGUUCAAUUCAAUUUGGGUCAAUCCAUGGCAAAGAAUAGAGCCUAGGGAAAAAUUUUUGAGAUAUUGCCUUGUGUUAGGAAUUUUCCCAUUUACCUUCAUAGGGUGUAUCGUCGGUGCAAUUUAUGGGACAUUUAUUAGACGCAAGCGACGACAAAUUCAUGAUAAAUUACACCGCGCAAAUCUCGUGGCAUGUAUACUUUACAUGUUUAUUAGUGCAAUAAUUGCAUCACUUAUUUUAGCAUCUUCACAAAAGGGCAAGAUUCCUAAAUUGAGGCCGAUUCCACAAUUUUUACGUUCAGAAGGCAAUGAGUUUUCAAUAAUUUCGACCAAUGGAGGCUUUAAAAACACCUUGCUCAUAAUUGAGCAGGGCAAGGGGAUUUUGCCGGAGACGAUACCAGAUGCGCAAAAAUACGGAUUCAACGUCACUCAUGCUACACUCUUAAAGAAAGAAGAUGAAUUGAUGCGUGAUGAUUUAGUUUGGGAAUCACUAACUAAAGGCUUGAAAUUGGAUCCAAAAAAUACACUCAUCACUGCUACAGUAGGUAGAUCUAAUGCUGAAGAUAUCAAACAUGGGAACUUGGAUGAGUGGAUGGGGUUAUUGCUGGUGAACGAAACUGUUGGUGAGAAGACCGAUGAUAAAUUCAUGGUCAAAUUUUUGAACAAAAAAAUAAUGUGCAAUGGCAAUGAAACUUGGAUGUUUUCUACAAUUCGCCCAAGCGGCGCACCUAACUAUUACAUCUCCCGGGACAAAGCAUUUGAAGUGUUAAAGACACACAUUACUAAAAAUAAAGCGCCGCAAUUAGUAGGUGAAGCCAUAGUUCCAGUCCAUGUCGAUGCAAAUCCCAAAGUCCCUACCCCUGUGGAUCAGAACAUCUUAGAGGAUUUUGUCCAGUCAGUACAUUCAAUGGACGUUAAACAUGAUCCCAAAAGUGACAUUGUCCAAAAAAUAUGCUCCAUGUCAACUAGUCACGUCAUACCAUCAACACAUUUCACCAAACCAUAA